ACCGGACGGAUUGAGUUUGUUCGCUCAUUUCCGGUUCUGCUUGCUCGUCGUCGUCGUUUUAAAUUCAUCUCAUUUCUUCAGGGGGAAAAAAUUAAAAUAAAAACACUCCGUCGUCUUCACCGCCGGAGGAAAAACAAACAAACAAACAUAUCUCUCUGAGGGUCUUUUACUGUGUCAUGGUGGCGGAAACGCUCCCGUAGGCAGAAGAAAAGUCACAACUCUGGACGGGAACCCGAUCAGACUUUAGACGCCAUGAGUUGACGGUUGUUGUGUCUUGUAAUAUUUGCCGACGUGGACUUAUGGCAAGGAUAACUGUGUCCUGCCUGCCGGCCUCCUGGUACUGCAGCGUGUCGCUGCUGUCUCUGGGCUGCGCUCCCAGACAGAGGCUGCUGCUGCUGCUGCUGCUCUUCAUCGUCUCCACACUGCUCAUCCUGGGGACCCACCAUCGGCUGCUGUGGGGCCCCCAGCGACGACCCCGGGGACGGGUCAACAAGUACCUCUCCAUCGCCGAGUCCAUGGAGGCCACCGACGUGCUUGACCCGGCCCUGAACUACGGGGUCGUGGUGGACUGCGGCAGCAGCGGCUCCCGGGUCUUUGUGUACUACUGGCCCCCCCACAACGGGAACCCCCACACCCUGUUGGACAUCCGCCAGAUGAGGGACCGCGACCACAAACCCGUCGUCAAGAAGAUCAAACCCGGCAUCUCCUCCCUGGCGACGACUCCGACGCAGGCCAGCGACUACCUCCAGCCGCUGCUCGGCUUCGCCGCCGCUCACGUCCCGAGGAGCAAACACAAGGAGACGCCGCUCUACAUCCUCUGCACUGCAGGAAUGAGGCUGCUGCCAGAGAGGCAGCAGACGGACAUCUUGGAGGACCUGGUCACUGAUGUUCCCCUGGAGUUUGACUUCCUGUUUUCCAGUUCACAUGCUGAGGUCAUCUCUGGGAAGCAGGAGGGAGUGUACGCAUGGAUCGGCAUUAACUUUGUGUUGGGCCGCUUCGAUCACGCUGAUGACGAAGACGCCACGGUGGAAGUGACGACUGGCUCUCAGAACCAGCGGCCAAUCAGCCGGCGGCGUACAGUGGGCAUCAUGGAUAUGGGCGGAGCCUCUCUGCAGAUCGCCUACGAGGUGCCCGGCGCCGUGACCUUCAACUCGCCACAGGAGGAGGAGGCGGGGAAGAGCGUCCUCGCAGAGUUCAACCUGGGCUGCGACGUCGAGCGCACGCAGCACUCGUACCGAGUCUACGUCACCACUUUCCUCGGCUUCGGGGGAAACAUGGCCAGGCAGAGAUACGAGGACCAGCUUGUCAACGCGACGCUCGCCAAGAACAGGUUUCUAACCGCGCAAACGGGCUUGAGCGAGGACAAACCGCACCCGGACCCGUGUCUGCCUGUCGGCCUGUCGGACUCGGUCGUCCGGGACAACCGCACUGUUUACCUAAGGGGUCAGGGCGACUGGGCCGGAUGUCAGCAGGCGGUGCAGCCCUUCCUGGGCCUCCACAACGGCACCAUGUCCCCAGGAGGCGUGUACCAGGCUCCCAUCAACUACAGCAACAGCGAGUUCUACGGCUUCUCAGAGUUUUAUUACUGUACAGAGGACGUGCUGCGGAUCGGAGGACGGUACGACAGCGAGAAAUAUUCCAGAGCCGCCACGGACUACUGCUCCACCAAGUGGUCGACGCUACGACAGCGUCUGGACAACCAGCUCUUCGCCCAGCAGGCCGACAUCAGCAGACUCAAGUAUCAGUGCUUCAAGUCAGCCUGGAUGUACGAGGUGCUGCACUCCGGCUUCCGUUUCCCCGCCGACUACCGGAGUCUGAAGACGGCCCAGCUGGUCUACGACAAGGAGGUCCAGUGGACCCUGGGCGCCAUCCUCUACAAAACGCGCUUCCUGCCCCUCAGGGACCUGCAGCAGGAGACGCUGCGGCAGAGCCACCCCAGCUGGCUGCGCGCCUCCUUCGUCUACAACCACCACCUGUUCUCGCUCUGCAUCCUGGUGGUGGUGCUGGCCAUCCUGCUCUACAUCCUGCGCCUGCGGAGGAUCCACCAGCGGGAGCAGCGGCAGACCGACGUCCUGAACCUCCUUUGGGCCGAGGAGGGAGAAGCCCUCCUCCCCUGAGGGACGGGUGAACAACACGUCUGGCUCACUGUUAACCACAAAUCCAACACUAGAGAGAGUGUGAGUAAAAGGGAGGGGGGGGGGGUGGAUGAUAAGGAUCCUUAAGUUACUCACCAGCCAACGUGGAGAGGCGGGAAUUCUUUUCACGCAAAAAAAAAAUCAUUGUUUAAUGAGCCUGGAAUUCAAAAAAACUCCUCUGUCACUUCUUUUGAUCGCGCCGCUUCAAGAUGUUCUCCUGGUUUCACUUUCUUCUUCUCUUUCUGUAUUGAAAAACCAUCACCUCCACAUUUCAGUUUCUGAUCCAGAUCCAGUUUCAGGCUUAAUGGCGGGUCUGACGGAGAACCUGGACUCAGACGGAGGAGAAUUAUCUUUUUAACCGUUCGGAGGAAAAAGUUCAGGACUGCAAAAAGAUCACUAUCCACACGGGACGAUCCUAGGAAUCAUAUUUUCUAAAUAUAUAUCCCAUCAAGCCUUGGCUCUGCAUUCACGUCAUACUAGAUUUUUAAUUAUUUACUGCGGUGAUGAGCAUUUUACUUUCGGCUAAAGCCCAAAUCAUGACAUGACCUGAUAUGCAACCUUCUCUUUUUUUUUGGGCCCAAGUUGCCCAAGUAAAAGUUUUUCAAUCCUGAGUGUGGCAACACGGCGUUACCUACGUACUGGGAAAUAUUAGCAUGCUCGUGGUCAGCAUGUUAGCUCGGAAGCGCAAUGGCACGGUUUUGUCGCGUUUGUUUUAUGCAACAACAACAACAACAACAACAACAACAACAACAGCAGCGCCCCCUGUCGCUGCUGGGUUUUCCUGAUCUCACCUCCUCGUUUGCGUCCACAUUUCUCUCCUGGAUCUUUGUUUCCUUCAGGUUUUUUGUGUGGUUUUUUUUUUUUACAAGUUCAUGUGACUUUCAUGUCUUGAUCCUGGCGACAAGUGUCACAUAUGAGCCUGAUGCUUUCUAGGACAAAUGAAGCAAAGAUGAAGAAGCUGUUGCUCAACUGGGAAAACGGCUUCAACGAAACUCGUUGCUCACGACCACCACGAGCAGCCGAAGCCUCCACAGCCCCAACAAACUGAUUAUCCGAGAUACUGUUUGCAUAUUCACGGUUCCUUCGGGUUGCCCUUUGAUACUUGAAUGCCGCGGUCGUCCCGCCAACGCCGUCCAGCCCAGAUUCAUAUCCGCACAAAGACCCCGGAGGUCUGAUUUUUGAGGCAAACGCCACCUCAACUGGACUAAAGGGAGGAAUCUGGUUUUGGGACAAGAUGGCCGCCGAGGGCACGACAGGGAAAAUACGAAAUCUCAAUAUGCGUUGGCGGUUUUCAAAAUGAACUAUUUUAAAAGCCA